GCCGACAGUGUUUGCGAAGUAGUUAGUGUUACCAAUUCAUUUAUUUAUUUGUAAUUGGAACAGACAUGGUAUCCAAAAUUAUAUUUAUUUUCGUUCUAACGUACGCUGCUAGUAAUACAGCUGUGAAUUCUCUUGAAGCAGAAGUAGGGGGAAUAAUCGGAGCUGUUCCAGAAUUGGUCACAGAUGUAUUUGGGAAUGUUUUGGACAUUAAUAAUAUACAAACUGUUCCAUGGAAACCAGUACCUGAACUCAUUCGCAACGAAGGAUACCCUUCAGAGAGUCACUAUGUAACCACCUGGGAUGGAUAUAUUUUAAAUAUACACAGGAUACCCCACGGAAAAUUGGGCCAAACAAAUGGAAAAGUUGUUUACUUACAACAUGGACUCCUUGCUGCUUCUUCUGAUUGGAUUAUAAAUCGACCCAAAAAUGGUCUGGGCUAUAUACUUGCUGAUCUAGGUUACGAUGUGUGGAUGGGCAAUGUUAGAGGAAAUAGGUAUUCUAGAAAUCACACUACAUUGUCUCCUGAUUCUAAGGAAUUCUGGCAAUUUGACUGGAACGAAAUCGGAAAAAUUGACAUUCCAACUAUUAUAGACUACAUUUUGGCUCACACUCAGCUUACCGAACUUAUCCAUAUUGGACACUCUCAGGGUACAACAACUUUCUAUGUAAUGACGUCUUUAAUGCCUGAAUACAACAAGAAGAUCAAAGUUCAUAUUAGUUUGGCUCCUAUCGGUUACAUGAAUCACUUAUUCAGUCCGUUGUUGAGACUUAUAGCACUCGGUACACUACCGAUAGAUGUCUUGCGUCAAUUGCUUGGACAAAAUGAAUUGCUGCCGAGCUCAGGAUUCCUCAAUUAUUUAACAGACUCUGCGUGCUCAGUGGGCGUUGGAAAGGUACUCUGCAAAAACGCUCUGUUCGCCCUGGCCGGUUUCAGCCCGAACCAAAUGAACGCUUCUUUUAUACCUCUGUUGAUGGCUCACUAUCCAGCAGGAGCUGCAACCAAGCAACUCAUCCACUACACUCAAGAAGUAAACAGCGCCAAAUUCGAACAGUUUGACUACGGACCAAUCAAAAAUUAUAAUUUAUAUGGCAGUAUCUUUCCACCCGAUUAUGAUUUAUCUAAAAUAACUGCUCCAAUCCACUUUAUAUACAGUUCCAAUGAUUGGACAGCGGCAGUUAUCGAUGUAAAAAGACUUUACAGCCAGUUACCUAAUGGUAAAGAGCUGUAUAAUGUUCCUCUUCAGACAUUUAAUCAUUUAGAUUUUCUUGUUGGAAAUGAUGUCGUUGAAUUGGUUUAUAAUAAAAUUUUAGAUAUUCUUUCUCAUUAUUAGGAUGUUCAUUUUGUUUUAAGCAAAUUGAAAAGUGGAAGUACCAAAGACACUAAGUACCACAUUCACAAAUUUAAGAUAAAUAUGUUUAUUUCUUUUACCUUUCAUGUUUCACUUUAUUUUAAUUCACAUUGAAGUUUAGAAAUUAUGUGGCACUUAGAAC